AUGGCUUCUACAUCGUCAUCCAUGCGUUCUUCUCGCUCAGAUCAUAACUCUUCAAUACCAAGGGCUUCUACUUCUUCAUCCAUGCGUUCUUCUCGCUCAGAUCAUAAUUCUUCAAUAUAUAUGGGUUCUACUUCUUCAUCCAUGCGUUCUUCUCGCUCAGAUCAUACAAGGUUUAGUGUUUUUCUAAGCUUUAGAGGUGAAGAUACUCGUCAUUCUUUUACGGACCAUCUCUAUGCAGCUUUAAAACGAGCAGCAAUUAAUGCGUUUAGAGAUAAUGAAGAAAUCGAAAGAGGUAGAGAUUUAUUGCCUGAAAUUGUUAAAGCAAUCGAAAAUUCAAGGGCUUCGGUUGUUGUAUUGUCAAAAAACUAUGCCAAAUCCAGUUGGUGCCUUGAAGAGCUCUCGUUGAUCCUCGAACAAAAGAAGAAAUACAAUCAUUUUGUCUUGCCAGUUUUUUACCACGUUGAUCCAUCAGAUGUCAGGAACCAGCAACGGAAGUUUGCCAUUAAAGUGAGAGAAGAAAUUGAAGGGACAAAGUGGACAGAGGAGAAUGUGAAUCGGUGGAAGUUAGCCCUAAGAGAGGUUGCUGAUUUGACUGGCAUGGUUGCUUCAGGCUCCGAAACAGAGUUUAUUGCAAAAAUCGUUGACAAGAUUGACUGUGAACUAGAUUUGAAACUUGUUAGUACUCCAGCUUAUCUAAUCGGAAUGGAGAAUCGAGCUAAAGAUAUCAAUUCGUGGUUGAGAAAUGAGCACUCCAGUACAACUAAUGUUCUAGCAAUUUGUGGAAUGGGAGGUGGUGGCAAAACUACACUUGCCCAAUAUAUAUACAACUCAAACAAGCACAACUUUGAAAGCAGUUGUUUUCUUGAAGAGGUUGGUAAGCAUUUCAAAGAAGCUUACGGUGUUCUUGGGCUACAAAAGCAGCUUCUCACAGACAUCUUAGGAGGCAAGGAAAAAAUAAUAUCUGGGGUUUCGGAGGGUACGACUAUGAUCAACAACGUCCUACAUAUGAAAAAAGUUCUCAUAGUCCUUGAUGACAUUGAUGAAUUCGACCAAUUAGAAAUUUUACUUGGAAUAAAUUCCAACGAUACACAAAGCAAGAUUAUAGUAACAACUAGGCGUCUAGAUAUACAUUUAGGGUUUGAGAAACUAUCUUGGAGGUGUCAUGUACACCAAGUAAAAUUGUUGAAUGAUCUUGAAUCAUUUAAAGUAUUAAGUUACCAUGCCUUUAAUUCAGAAUUUCCCUUGCAAUGUGUUUGGGACCUUUCUGUACAGAUGGCAGAAUUUUGUGGUGGAAAUCCACUAGCUCUUAAGGUUUUGGGCUCUUCUCUAAUUGUUGGCGCGGAAGACCCGCGAGAAAGAAAUAGCAUAGAAGAAACUUGGAAAAGUAGGUUGAAUUCACUAUGUCCUGUGAGAGGAGAUGUUGAUCGUAAUAUCCAAAGUGUACUAAAAAAAAGCUUUGACUCCUUGCCACUUGCCUGUUAUAGAGAGUUGUUUCUGCAUAUUGUUGUUUUCUUUAUUGGCGAAGAUGAGGAUUAUGUGGUUAAGAUAAUGGAGAAUGACUGGCAUGCAAAAGAUGGCAUCAGGAUGCUUAUCAAUAGAUGUCUUCUAACGGUUUCACCUUAUAAGAAAUUGAUGAUGCAUCAACUGCUUCAAGAUAUGGGAAGAAAUAUAAUUCGUGAAGAGUCUAUAGAUCAUGCUAGAGUCUGGUGUAACGAUGAAGCUUAUCGUGUGUUAAUAAAAGGAGACGAUUCAGAAACAAUUGAAGGUCUAACACUUGACACACGGUUUAUCCCAAAAGGGACAAAGGUGUCAUCCAUUAAAACAUCUUCACUUGCAAAGUUGCAUAAACUAAAACUGCUCCGGCUAAAAUAUGUGAUACUUGUUGGGGACUACAAGAAUAUUCCAGAAUUAAGAUGGUUGUGCUGGCAUGGAUGUCAUUUGAAAACAAUACCCUCGGGAUUAUUAAGGAGCACACUCUUAGUGGCUAUAGAUAUGACUAAUGGAGACUUGGAAAAGUUUGAACCUCCCAUGGAACUUAAUUCGCUGAAAGUUCUAAACCUUACAUCGUGUUACAACCUUGUGAGUAUCUGCAAGUUUUGUCGCCUCCCUAAUCUUCAAACACUGAUUCUUUGGUGUUGCACCAAUCUGACUCAUAUUUGUAAAACCAUAGAAGGCCUUGAGAAUCUUUCUCUCUUGAACUUGGCACAAUGUAAAGCUCUGUGGAAAGCUUCCUGGGGUAAGAAGCUUCUUAAUCAACCGUUGUUCUCCUUUCCACAUUCGUUAAAGUUUUUGUUUCUCCAUGGAGGAAAUCCGAUGUAUCCCCUUGAACUUUGUUUUUCGUUCAAUGGGCCAUUAUAUGGAAUGAAUUUAAGUUGUAAUCUAUUUGAGUCCAUACCCAGAAACAUUGAUCUUAGUGUACUUCGGGUUCUCAAUUUGACUUCUUGUAAAUGGCUGAAGUCCAUUAUGAAUCUCCCUAGUACGCUGGAGGAGUUGUAUACAUACAAUUGUAUAUCACUGGAGAAAGUAGCAUUCCAAUCCACUCGUUUCAGUCUACGGAAGUUUGAUUAUAGAGGUUGUUUCAGAUUGUCUGAAGUUCAAGGCCUUUUUAAAUUAGCGACCAUAGAAGAACUCGAUGAAGUAGAUCUGAGACAUAUGAAACGGAUCAAAGAAUAUCAAGAUCAUAAGUUGGACAUGGUCGGUGAUGAGAUUACUAAAGGCCGAAUUUGGCAUUUCCAGGUUGUGUCUAUUAUUUCUUAA